AUGGCGGAGUCCAAUUUUGAGUACGCCCACUUUGCUGGCGGUGUUGCGCUUCUUCUGGUGAGAUGUCCCUGCUGUUACGAAAAGAAAAUCAUCUUACAUUUUCUGAGACUUUCACAUUAUGCAUUGGACAAGCCUUCUACAACCUCUGUAUACACCCGCUUCGUUCCUACCCGGGUCCGUGAGCUCACGAGUGAGGCCCGAAAGAUACACGAGAAAUAUGGGGAUAGUGUGCGCCUGGCGCCCAACAAGCUAUCGUUUAUCCAGUCUCAAGCGUGGCCCGACAUCCAUGGCCAUCGUUCCGAGAAGAAAAAGGUCUGGUUCGAAAAAGACCCAAGUGUCUAUCUGCCAAGGUUCAAUGGAGCGCCUUCAAUUGUUGACGCGAACGAACAAGAUCAUGCUCGAUUCCGUCGUUUACUUGCCCACGCUUUCUCAGAAAAGGCUCUGCGCGAUCAAGAACCAAUUCUCCAGACGUACGUUAAUCGGCUGGUCUCAAAACUACACCAGCAGAUUGAUGGGCCUGCAAAUGGUGUGCUAGACAUGGCUCAAUGGGUUAAUUUCAUGACCUUUGACAUUAUUGGAGACCUGACUUUCGGGCAUUCAUUUGACUGCCUAGAAAGCGGAGAGCUGCACCCUUGGGUUGCACUGUUGCCUGGCGCGGCCAGAACCAUGACCUAUUUGCUUGCACUCAAGCACGCGCCAGAAUUCAUCUUCAAGGCAGUUCUGGCAAUGAUCAUGCCAUCCCUGGCCGCACGACGAGAGCAUGCUGAGUUCACAAAUGAAAAGAUCAAGAUCCGCUUGUCAGAUGAGGCAGACAGGAGAGAUUUCAUCACUCCAAUCCUAAAAGCCAAUGACGAGAAAGGCAUGACUUAUCCGGAGCUUGAAAGUUCGAUCAAUCUCCUCGUCACGGCUGGGAGUGAAACGCUAGCCACGCUUUUCAGUGGCGCUGUCUACCACCUCUCUCAAAAUCCCCGUGUAAUGAAGAAACUGCGGCAAGAGGUUCAAACGGCCUUCCAUGAUACUAAGGACGUAACCAUAGCCUCGAUUCAAAAGCUACCAUAUCUCAAUGCAGUCAUCGAGGAAUCUCUGCGUAUAUACCCACCGGCCGCAUUGAGCUUGACUCGCAUCGUACCGCGCGGUGGCGCCGUCAUCUGCGGCGAGCACAUUCCAGCAGGGACCGGCGUUGGAGUGACCACUUGGGCUGCCACUCAUUCGCCUAAGAACUUUGCGGCUCCAGAGGAAUAUGCCCCCGAGAGAUGGCUAGACGAUCCACGAUUUGCCAAAGACGAUAAAAAAUCGUCUCAGCCUUUUAGCAUGGGGGCUAGAAAUUGCGUUGGUAAAAAUUUGGCGUACGCAGAGAUGCGGCUGGUUCUAGCAAAGCUUGCACUGGACUUUGAUUUCCGGUUGCAGCCGGAGAGUGAGACAUGGAUUGUGCAAAAGCUCUUCACGUUCUGGGAGAAGCCACCAUUGAUGGUGAAGGUCACCAGAACCAGGCAGGCAAAGAAGCAAGAAGCUUUUAGCGGAUAA